UCAAUCUAAGUACAGCUUUAUCAAUGGAGAGGAAGAACUGAUUAGGCAUGAGAUAACCUCGAUUUUAAAUAAUACAAUAUUUUUAAUAACGAUGAUGUAAAUACUUGUUUUGAAACAUAAUUGAGAGACAUACUUGUUAGUUUUUGUGUUAUAUUUCAAAAUGAACUUAAGUAAAACUGAGAAAUUAUUGGCUGCCAAGAAAAAGCUCAGAGAAUUUCAAUUGAACAAAAUAAUGCAGGAUGGUUCUGCAAAACGAAAACAUUCGGGGGAUGUUUCACAGGGUCAGCAUACAGAAACAAAUACACCAGAUUCCAAAAUUAGUACAAUAUUUACAUUGGAAACUUCUGCAAAUGGUAAAUCUGUUCCUGAUCAAAAUUGUCAAAGACAUGAAACUCCAUCGGUAGAUACAAUAAUAAAUACAGAAAAUACUAUAAAUGUUGAUAAUUUACAUAAUGUGGUAGAAGAGAUUGCUAAACCUGUGCAAGAUAUAGCACAGGCUAAGUUGAAUUCAGAGGUUGAAAAUAAAGUGGAAUUAAGUGAUUUUCCAAAAGUACAGAAAGAACAUCUUUUGGAAAUGGUGUCUGCAGUUACAGAUGUUUUAACAAAUGAUUCUGAGCACUCUGAAACAAAUUUGGAUUGUGAUUUGGUGUGUCGUAAUCAGUUUCUAAGUUCGUAUUUGGAAGAACAGAAAAAGAAUAUUAAUGAUCUACACAUAGAGCUUAGUAAUUCUCACAGCAGAAUUAAAGAAUUGGAAGCUAAGUUGGAGACAAAAGAGAUGGAAUUUCAAGUACAAUUAGCACGCGAAGUAAAUCCUUUAAAAGAACAAUUACAAAUUCAUACACAAACAACUGGAAUCCUAAUAGCAGAAAAGGCAGAGCUUACCGCUGCUCUUAGUCAAGCUCAACAGAGUACUAGACAAAGCAGAGAAGAGAUAGAAGAAUUAACAGGAAAGUUAAAAAAUUCUCAAGUACAUAUAAUUGAAUUAGAAAAAGAAACAGUUGGCUUAAAAACUGCUAAUGAAGAAUUGAGAAAAAAUUAUCAUCAGUUGCAAAAUGAACAAGAAUCUUUGGCAAACAAAUUUUUGGAAUUGAAAAAAGAAAAAGAAGACUUAAAUUUAGAGACGUCUGAAUUGAAACAGAAAUUAAAUUUGAAGAAAACAGAACUAAUAGCUGUUCAACAAGAACUUAAUGAAAAAACAGCAUUACUUUCAUUGAGUGAAAUUAGAAUACAACAGAUGACAGGUGCUAUACCUACAGAAGAAGAAAAGUAUGCAGCAAAUGUUUUAGAACAAGAACUUGCACAUGUCAAAGAGUCUCUAAAUGUUGUAAACAUUGAAAAAGAUGAAACUGUUAAACAAUAUGAGAAUUAUGUGAAACAAUUAGAUACGCAACACGAUAAAUUAGUAGAAGAGAUUCAGAAACAAAAUAGAACUAUAGAAAAUUUACAAUCCAGAGAACAGAGUUAUGUACAAAGAUUGUCCGAACUGGAGCAACAGUUGCAAAAAGAAAGGGAGAAACUAGAAAAUCUAUUGCCUUUACAAGAUUGUCAAAAUGAAAUGAAUAAUCUUCUAAAAAGUAUAGAUGAGCUUACUUUAGAACAAGAAAGACUACAUAUUACACUUUCUGAAAAGGAUUCACAAAUUGAAAUGUUAACGAAAGACAUAAAUGACUUACGUGAAACAGGUAAUAAUGAAGCUGAAGUAACAAAAUUAGUUACCGCUCUUGAAAGCGAACAGUUAGGAGCAUCUAGAGCACUUCAUCAAAAUCGACAGUUAAAAGAACAAUUGACUGAUAUGGAGAAUGCUUUUGUUUCCCUAAGUAAUGCAAAGUUGGACUUGACGGAACAACUUCAAGCAGAGCGUUCGAUUGGACGAAAAUUAAAUGUCCAGUUAAGUAAUGUUGAAACUGAGUUAGACCAAUUCAAGGAGAAGUUAAAAGAAAAAGAAUCUGUACUUGAAGAACUUGAAAAAGAAAGACUUCAAAGUGCUCAGAUAGCUGAUCAGAUGCAGCACUAUCAAGCACAAUCUCAUCAUGCUGAUAUUUUUCAACGAGAGCUACAGAAUGCGUUGAUCACCAUUGAAAAAUUGGAAAAAGAGAAGAAAGCUCUUAUGGAGAUGAUAAAAGAAAAACCACAAGUCAAUACUUCUUCUGAAGAAGACUCGAGUACUGUAAAUGCCAAUGUCUCUGACUUGAUCGAACAAACAAAUUCGGAAAAAUUAGUACAUGAUAUAGUAGUAUCCGAACCUAUAAAACAAUUGGAAGAAAGAUUCAAACAGACAAUGGAACGAGUGGCUGAACUUACAGAAGAGAAACAAAAGCUUGAACAUCUUGUGUUACAAUUACAAAGUGAAACAGAAACAAUAGGCGAAUACAUAACAUUGUAUCAGAAGCAGAGAGCAGUGCUUAAAAGUAGAACAAGAGAAAAGGAACAAGUAUUCCGACAAUUGCUCGAUCAAAGAAAUCAACAACAAGAACAACUUCAUAAAUUGAAGGUUUUGGUUAGCGAAUUCCUUAGAAAAGAAUACAUUCAUUCUAAUGGGACAGAACAUAUAACACAAACAGAAAUGAGUGCUAACGACUUUGUUUCCGCAAAGAAGAUAAACGAAUCCGAAACCGAAAACGGUGUUUCUGAGAUACUAGAUAUUUUAACAGAAAUAAAAGAUUGUAAGGAUUCGUGCUUAUUUGAGCCGAAUUUCCACCCAUGUCCUUGGUGUUCUGGAAAAUUACUAACAGUCUAAAAAAAUAUACCUGCUCUCAGAAGAAGCUUUCUACAUUGGUGUGAUACUGAUGCUUUGGCUUUAAUUUCAUUCAAUCCAAGUAUGCGUGAUAAAUAAAUUAAAUCGUAUGG